GCGAAGAUUAGAAAAAUAAUUCAUUAAAAAUGUCGUUUUCCUUAAAAAGUAUACAGCUUUGCGUCAUAGAAAUGCUUUUGGUUAUUGUUAUAACAUGCUAUGCAGAUGAAAACUGUGAGACGAUUCCCACAGAAAUUCACGUAACGAAAGAGGAAUAUGAUGAAAUGGGUAGUUUGGUACGAUCGUGUAGCGGUGAAGUUACCGUCAACAAAUGUGAAGGAAUUUGUAAUAGCCAAGUGCAACCGUCGGUCGUAGCAGCAACGGGCUUUCUAAAGGAAUGUUACUGCUGCAAGGAGAAUUACCUCAGAGAAAGAUUGGUGACACUUACUCACUGUUACGAUUCCGAUGGCCUGAGAUUUGAAAAUGAAGAAAACGGACUCAUGGAAGUUCGUUUAAGGGAACCCGCUGAAUGUAGAUGUUACAAAUGCGGAGAUUAUAGCCGAUAAGGAUAUAGGACAA